AUGGACUCAGGCUCGUGGAUAGAGACUGCCUCUGGGAACAGGAUCUCCAAGGAGGCUCAUAUUCACGGCUCAGACCACAUUUUGAUCUCUGGGAAUACCACUGUGAGUCCCAAUUGCACAUUGAAUGGAGAUGUCACGUUGAAGGAGGGAAAGUCUAGUUUACAGAUUGGUAAAUUCUGCUUUAUCGAUAAACAUGUACACAUUUCACCUCCAGUCAUAAGUCAUAAAAAAGAAACAAAAAUCCAUAAACCAUGCAAAAUAGGCUCAUACGUCAUCAUUGGUGAAGAAACAGCCAUAAAUUCAUCAAAUAUUGGAACAAGAGUAUCAAUUGGACCUAAUUGUAAAUUAGGUAAUUCCAGUAUAAUCCAUGAUUGCGUAAUUAUAACACCAAAUACCAUAAUUCAAGAUAAUCAAAUAAUCCCACCAUUUAGUCUUGUAUUGGAGACAAACAAGAUUGAACCAUUACCAGAAUCUUUUAAAAAAAUAUUGGAAAUAAAUUCCAAAAAAAGUUAUAUUAAUAACCAAUUCACACCUUCAGAAAUCCCAUAACCUUGGCCAAUUGCACAACAUGGAACUAUUAACCAUUCACAAGUUAAUGAAUAAAGUUUUAAUCUUUUCUCCAGGACUCUUGUUGUUUCAAUUUGUAAUAAAUCAUGUUUAUUUAACAAGAUUAAUAAUUUUUCACAUUCUUUAGUUACCAAGUUUUCAAUUAAUGAUUUGAUAUGAUUU